UCGGAUUUUUUUUGUUAAAAUAUAUAUUAUAUUUUAUAUUAUAAAUAUUAACUAAGAAAUUAUUGUACAACAAAUUAUUAAAGGUCAGCAAACGCAAUCUAGGAUCUUUUAAAAGAGAAAACCGAGAGAUUAACGAUUUAAAGACUCAACUAACCCGUUUGCUGAACACAUCAAAACCUUUCAAUGUUAUGUGCAGCGUUUUGCUUUACAGCUCGUGCAACACUUUUCACCAGUCUGGUUCGGUAUUCCCUAAUGGCUACAACCCUGUACCGUUCUCACGCUCUCUUUGAGAGAGCGAGAGUGUAGAGCUGUGAGCGUGAGAGCAACAAAACGAAACGAGACCAAAAUAUUGUACCCUGCCAUUGGAAGCUUUUAAAAAGAGAACCUCGUCGGUUGUGCAUCCUUCAGUCACCAGCUAGAUGUUGGCCGUGUAGGAACGUGUUCGGAAUAGUCGUCUGAGCGUUUGGAAGCGGAUUUCUCGAAACCAAUUUUCACGCUACGUUCACGGCUGUGUUCAGUCGCGCGGGAAGGUGUUCGGUAGUGUGGUUCGUGUCGGAUAGCAAAUAAAAAACGACUUCGCUCAGUGAAGCAAACUUUCCUACGGGCUAGACUCCCUUCCUUAGAGUGUGUGGGGAAGGAAGAAGAGUUGUGCACCGGGUCCCAGCUCGGGCCGUGCUUAUUGCAGUGUCAAAACGAUUUUCCGUGACCGGCAGAUAUACAGGUCGAGCAAGUGAGUGAGUGUGAGUGCGUUCUCUUUUGUGCAGGUGCUGCUAGUGAUUGUGAAGAAGCACAAUUUUGCCAACGGUAGGCGAAAGUAUCUUCUGGCUCACUGUUUGCGAGUGGUUUGCAUAUGAAUGGUUGAUGAUUGUGAAGUGUCUGUGGAGUGGUACGGGUAGGUGUGGUGCAGGUGCGCUGUUGUGCGGGAAAAUACUCCCUUGCUGAACGUGUUCACUGGUCGCAGAAGCGAUCCGACAGUUGAUACAAAUUGUUUCUAAAAUGCGUCUGCACAUUGGACGCUCCCAGGCGAGGUGCUGAAGCCGAGUGUGUCUUCGUAUGUUGAAUUGGAACUAUUCGCAAAGGAAAUACAAAAUAGCACAGGAGAAACUUGCGGGACAUCCAGACUUGGCUUGGUUUGAAGCACAUUCAAUAUAAAAUAACUGAGCAGCGUCAUCAUGUGGCUGUACCGGUGGGUCUGUUUCUUGCUGGGAGGACUCUUAGACAUCACGGCCUUUUCUAUCAACACGAAUAAUCAGAUGUAUGACCCACAAAUAGGAGUAAAUUAUGAUAGUUGCACGGUUGGAAAUGGGACGUACUAUCACGGUGAAACGUUCAAGCUCGAUUGCCGCACACAGUGCGUCUGUCAGAAUGGCCGGCAUGCCUGUUCGACGCUGUGUCCACACGAGAAUCUGCCGCCACCCAUCGACACCUCGAUUUGCAUCGCACCGAAGCUAGUGGAACUGCCCGAUCACUGCUGCCGAGUGUGGCUCUGUGAGCAGCCUGCAACUGAUGUGAACGCGACCUGUUACAACUCGUCCACCACGCUGUGGUCACCGUGCUCGCAGAGUUGCGGUAUCGGGACGUCCACCAGAAACAUCACCACAACGCCUGGCUGCCAGAAGCUCAGCACGAUACGGCUGUGCGAGAAUCAUCGGUGCAACCGGCAGAGCAAUAAUUACUACUUCGCCGCCGGUGACUACGCUGCCGAGGGUAAGCCGGUCGCUGUGCUGGACGCCGGUGAGCGCGGCGAGGAUGGUCCAGCUGUGCGGGAAAACGAUCGCCGCAGUGUCGCUGGCCACAAACAACGGCUGUACGAUGGUGAUAGGAGCGGACGCUACGGUCCCAACAGUGUUUCUUUGCUCAGUGAAAACGAACAUCGAAGACGGAAGGGUCACGAGUGCCGGAGCAUUCAGCGGACGGCUUCCUCCCGGUUACGGCUUGGUCCGUGCGUUUCGCGGAAGCUUUAUCGACCAAAGUCCUGCAGCCUGUGCCAGGAUUCCAGCAUGUGUUGUGUGCCUUCAAUAACCACUACUAUUAAGGUUGAGUUACUGUGCCCUUUGAACUCGGGCGAUCCGUUCGAUUUCAUCGAGCACGGGUACGACCUGUGGGACAGUGCGUCUAUCGAUCCGCUCGACCAGGAGAUGCUCCAGUCCCGCCAGAUCCACAUCGAGAACAAGUUCGUCGACGUCCAGUGGGUGCUGAAGUGUGAAUGCGGUCCAAAGAGCAAAAACUGUCGGCCCCGGAAGUCAGCGGGUCAUCCCAGCAGAACGCCCGACAAGCAGCAGCAGCAGCAGCAGCAACGGCGAUUGAGCUCAUCCGACCACCAACCGCUGCCAACUGGCACAGCGGGUGCCGAGCAGCAAAGCAGCAACAGUACCGCAUAUCGAUCGGAGCACGAGGCACGUCGCAGCCAGGACGUGACCGGUGCGGAUCACCCGGGUGGAAGUGAUCCAACCGUCGACAACAAUGAUCCGGCCGACUACUACGACGGUAGCCGGACGGGUGGUCCCGGACCGGUCCACAAACAUGCGGGACACCACCAUCGUUCGUCGGUGCAUCGGCGACUGGUGCAUCGUGGUCCGCACCGCCGACAGCAGCAGCAGUUCGGUAGCUGGAACGAUGCCAGUUCGAUUGCGGACGGUAGCGGCGAGCUGCUGAAGCGGGUUCAUCGAACAUAAUAAACUGUUCCCGGGCAACUGUGUGAGUCCGCGGUGAACGGCUGCAAAUUCAAUGCGGAAAUGCAAUUGGCGUACUUCCGCUUCCGGGUUGGUUGGAUCAGAUCCCUGAGCAAAGGGAUGUCCUCGGAGGUUCGCCCAAACGCUGUCAUAUUGUACAUCGAUGCGUACAAAUAUUGCCCCCAAAAGAUGCACCUCUAUUAGGGUUUUUUUUUUCUUUUCUUUGCGAGUGUGUGAGUGGAUAAAGUCUUCUGAUGCUCUGUUUAUUUUAUUCACGGAAAUAAGGUCUCCACUAUUUCGGCACACAUCCAAAAACUUCAGAAAAACAUAUGCAAAUACAACACACGUUUGACGCGGGGAGAAGCCGUAAAGAGAGAGCUACGGUUGCGGACGACCAAGGAUCAGAUAUAGCUGCUUGUACAUAGUUUUUAAUAGAAUCUGAGUAGAGUGAUGCAGCAUUAGAUCGAUUCUGAAGAAGCACAUGAGGAACAGAACCGUGGACACUUGGACAGUGAUGGGUAGCCGAUACGUGUUGGGCUGUAGAUCGUAACGCUUUUGUAAGGGAGCUCAAAAUGGUGGAAGAAAGCUUUGUAAUUUAUUGACACAAGUACAUACACUAGUCCUUCCGAUACGAGAGGGCGAAUAUCCCAAGGCGUGCCGUUCAAAAAAAAAAAAACGGUCGUAAAUGGUCGCGAUUUUUAUUGACACAAUGAUAAUGAGCUCGAAAUCGUACCGAGCUGGCAUUUAAACCGUAAGCGCAAGUGAUACAAUGCUAACGUAGAGCAUAGAAACGUAGACGCAACACAUGCCACGCUAGUAUCUAUUGCCCUUCCGGGGCACGAAGGGACUACCUGGCCAUGCGGUAGUAGCUACAUAAAAAUGCGAAAAUAUAGCGAAAAAACCCGGGAACUACAUUCUACACAACCGCGAACCUGACCCGCAAACCACCAUAUCCUCACAGAAACCUCAAACAUAGGGAGAGAGAGAGAGAGGGAGAGAGAUAGAGAAAAAACGUCGCUACAUAAGCAUCAUCACUAUUAUCAUUCUACUAUUCUAUUCCCACACAAAAAAACCCACAGUUUUCGCAUGAACGUAUGAAUGGUUUCAAACUCUUGAUAGGUCUUUUACUGUUUCGGGGUGGUUGGGAUGGGAAAAUGUCAGCUAGAAGAAAAAAUAACUUGCUGAAAGAAGAAAAUAAAUGCCGACCGCUCGAGAGCGAAACACUUCCGGUAAGCUCAGUACUUGAAGCUCCCGGGACCUUCACAGUCGUCGUCGUCGUCGUGCGAAAAUGAUAAUGAAUGUAUGAGGUUGCUCUUCUGUACGUGAGUGUUUCGUUAGUUCAAUUGCUUUCGGGGAAGUUGGAAUGGUAGUUUCUUUAACGAUUGUAAGGUAGGUUGAAAAUGGUGCAGAAAAAAAGAAAAUUGGGUCGUGGUGCAAAAGCGUAUGCACCGCAUGCCGCAUAUUUGACCGAGUGCUUACGGUGCGAUAGAUACAACUUCAGGACCAAGAAAGGCGGAACACAAAGAAGAAACACGGCAACGCAACUCACCGGUGAUUGAUCUCAGAGCGGAAGUGGUGUGGUGAGUUUGCUUAUACGAAACGAUAUCGAAAUGUAGGAUGUUCGUAAAUGGAGGGAGGGGGUUGCAUUAUUAGUUCCGAGAAUUGCAAUACGUUCAUAUAGAUUGCAAUAGAAAUACAUAUCAUUUUGAAUGUAGUAGGUAUUGGGUUGGUGGCUUUAUGGUUGAUUUUUUUAUUUUCAAGUCUUCAAGUUUUAUUUUCUGUUAAAAAUACAUUUCACUGAAUUAAUAAUAAAUAAAUAACCCAUCGAUUUUCAAUUAAAGUUUCCCUCCAAGGAAAAUGAAUUGCUCCUAGCCUAAAAUAUUUUUAUAAUAUUGGUUCAUAAGCUGUUGAUUAUUUGUGAAUUUCUUUAAGAGGCAUUUAAAAAAAAGUUUUUAUUAUUCAUUUAUUCAUUCGCUGCCAUUAAGUUUUUAGUCUUUACAACUAGAGUUUCCAUAUUUACAAUAGUAAUUGAUUAUGCGGUAACAAACAAUACAAGCAAUAUUUGUCUAGUUGUUGUCAUACAGUGACGGGCACUAGAAUAAGACCGAACCAGACCAGUGGGGCGGCCCAGUGGUGGAGGCAACAACGACGCCGGCUGUCACAGGAUCGGGGUUCAAAUCCCAUCCAAAAGACCACCUACCCGUACGCAGGACUGACUAUUUUGCUACGGGUAAAAUUAAGUUACAGGAAGCCAAAGAUGGCAGGCUGAGACCUUUCAAAGUUGUAGUGCCAAGGAAGAAGAAAAAGUCCAGUCUUCGUUCAAAAAUUAUUAAAUCAUUAAAAGAAUGAUAAGAAUUAGAAAAAGUGACAAAGUUCAAACUUUUUUAAACAUAAAAAACUUACAUUUAUAGUAUGAAAACUGAAGUUCAAUUUGUGUUGCUCAUAUUUUCAUCAGAAUGACAAGGCAAUUUGGAAUUGAUUGAUGAUUGAUCUAUCGGUUAGAACGUUUUUCAAAAAAAAAAGGAAGUUAAAUUAAAAUUCUUGAAACAAUUUGUUGAAAAUCGGCAUUUAAUCCACAAUUUUAGGUUUAAAAAAAUAAGAUGAACUUAUUCUACUGUCCGUCACUGUAUCUCUGACCACGCAACAUCAAAACAUUUGUUUAAGUUCAGUAAUUCAGUUAAAUUAAAUUAUUGUUUAUUUCUUUUUAGUAAUUAAAUCAAAUUUCAAAAACUAAAACAGCAAGCGAUUAACUGUAGUCAUCACAAAGGAUGCUUGUGCAUUAUGGUUCACAUAAAUCUCAUGAACAUUUCUUUGACACCUUCAAGAGCAGGAGAGAAAAAUGUGUAACUCAAACGACGUUACAUCGUGAGAUUCUAAUAAAAGGUGACAAAAAUACCAAUCGAACGGAACGAAAGCGAUAUCAUGUUGAGUUUUCCAGCACCAAAGCAGGAAAAGAAAUCAAACACGAAAUACAGUUUAAAAAAACCACUAAUAAAACCCUAUACAUACUUCAACCUCCCCUGUCGGGACAUCUUGACGUGUAUUGCGGUAAGCGAAAGGGAGAAUAUAAAAACUGCUCUUAACUAAUACACAAUGCUACACGGAUGGUACAGACAGACAGACCCACACAGACCAUUUCCUACACAGUUGUACAACCACUACAGAAUUAUUUAUUCUGCACACACCGGACACACGCGAACUCAAGAAGAUGAUGGCACACACUCGGCAGUCCUUUACGGUCGAGCACUCGAAGGGGAAAUUUAAGAAUUCUACGUUGGGUGUGUGUGUGAGUGUGCUUGUGAUUAUAUAAAUAUAUCAUCAUUGCACGUACAUGUACAUAUGAAAAUAAUAGAAAAAAAAACAAACAAAACACACGAUCGAGAGCAACACCCGAACGCUAAAAGAGAUGUGUAUGAAAAUUCCAGUUAAAGUGAAUGGAAAAAUACAGCUGUGCCAUGGGUGGAUCAUGGAAGUGAGCAAAUGGGAAAACGCUUCUGGAAGAUGUGAAAAAUUAGUUGGAAAGUGUUUGAAGCGAACUGCACAUGAAAAACACCCUUGUAUACUCAAACAGUUUGCAGCUAUCAAUUAGAGGCGAGCAUUGAAGGGAAACGGAUAUGUAAAACAGAUAUUGGAAAAUGGGACGGACACACGAUAGAACAGGCGGUUGAAAGUGAAUAAAAGGAAAUUAAAAGAAAAAAA